GUGUGGAAAACGGGGAGAUUCCAUACCUCCAUUAAGGCGCCAUCAGCCUAUCUGUACUCGCAGUUUCAUAACAAACCAUGGCUGCCCCGUUGGUCAGAUUUUUGUCAAAGUCCGUCAGACAGAUCUCUCGUCCAUCAUGGGGGGCAUGUCAGUCUGGAUUGAGGAGCAGGACUACUUCUGCCCCAGCCGUGGCUCCAAACCAGGCAGGUGGAGUGGUGGCCUUCCCUCCCCUACAGACAUAUUCAGAGGAGGAGAGCAUGAUGAGGGACGCAGUGAGGAAAUAUGCACAAGAGCGCAUCGCCCCGUUUGUGCCAAUGAUGGAUGAAAAUUCUACCAUGGAUGAAGAAGUCAUUAGAUCCCUGUUUGAGCAGGGGCUCAUGGGGGUGGAAAUUGACUCAGAAUAUGGCGGCACUGGCUCCUCGUUCUUCUCCUCCAUCCUGGUGAUUGAAGAGCUGGCGAAGGUGGAUCCCUCCGUGGCUGUGCUCUGCGACAUCCAGAACACACUCAUCAACACACUGUUUGUGAAACUUGGCACGCCGGCUCAGAAAGAGAAGUACCUCAACCGACUGUCAACUGAUAUGAUUGGAAGCUUCUGCCUCUCCGAAGCCGAAUCGGGGAGCGACGCUUUCGCUCUGAAGACGCGAGCGGAAAAACACAAGGACUAUUUCGUAAUCAACGGAUCCAAGAUGUGGAUCAGCAACGCAGAGCAAGCAGGGGUUUUCCUAGUGAUGGCCAACGUAGAUCCCUCUGCUGGAUACCGAGGGAUUACCUGCUUUAUUGUGGACCGGGACAUGCCGGGGCUCGAGAUUUGCAAGAAGGAGAACAAGCUUGGCCUGCGCGCAUCCUCCACCUGCCCUCUUAACUUUGACAACGUCAAGGUACCAGAGGCGAAUAUUUUAGGAGAGGUCGGUCACGGAUACAAAUAUGCUAUUGGAAUGCUGAACGAAGGCAGGAUUGGAAUUGCUGCACAGAUGGUUGGCCUGGCUCAGGGCUGCUUUGACCAUACUGUUCCUUACACCAGACAGCGGGUGCAGUUUGGAAAGCGCAUCUUUGACUUUCAGGGCAUGCAGCAUCAGAUAGCUCACGUAGCCACCCAGAUCGAAGCGGCGCGUCUGCUGACGUACAACUCCGCCCGACUGAAAGAAGCCGGCAGACCUUUCAUCAAGGAGGCCUGCAUGGCCAAAUACUUCUCCUCCGAGGUUGCGACUCUGACCACGUCAAAAUGCAUCGAGUGGAUGGGAGGAGUCGGCUUCACCAAGGACUACCCCAUAGAGAAAUACUACAGAGACUGUAAAAUCGGAACCAUUUAUGAGGGCACAACAAAUGUCCAGCUAUCUACUGUGGCCAAGUUCAUCGACAAAGAGUAUGACCACUGAAACCAUCAAGCCACAAACCGAUUGAUUCCGUUUUGCUGUAACACUCCGUGCUCUUGUCGUUUUUGCGAUGACUUCAUUAGAUUCAACCCUGCAGAAUUAUGUUGUUGUAGAGCUAUUCUAAUAGGGUUUUGUUGUAACGUUGGGUCUCACAAAGUAGUUCCUAUAGCUGAUGUCACGGAUUCUUUAAGGUUUAAAGUUGAGUUGUUUUUGCAUUUUCUGCAUGGUAUUUUCCCAAAUCGGUGCAGAAAGGAGCACGGUCACUUUUAAGCCUUCACAGUAUCAUGUCUCUCCCACAUUUGUUGCAUCUGUCGAUGUCUAUUGAUCAGUUUUCCAAGCAUAACAUCGCCAAGGGUUAGAAUACAGGUUUGAAUGUUUGAGUUUGAUCAAGUUAUUCUUCAGAUGAUUCAGUGCCUUCAGAGAAUUUUGUCUUCAACGGUUGGACUGUGGCAGCUCAGUUGUUUGUUUCCUUACAUACUGUAAGCUGGGUGAUUUUACAUCGUAAUAAAAACGUCCAUAACAUGCUAAUUAUA